GGUCCAUAGUGCUAAGUUAGUCACAUUGACAAGGCAGUGACACAGCACAAAGCUGCUCAUGGUGUCCUGCGACUCUGGAAUACAGCUCUUCAAGAUGUUCAGGAAUGGGCUGCCGAUCAUGGGAAUCACACCUGAUCUGGUCCCGGAAUCCCUGGUACCACCCGUGGUGCCUUCCCUGCCCUCAGCACGGGCCCGGCCUGCCCUGCACAGGCCCCGUAGGCGCAGCGGCAACAACAGCAGCAGCGGAGGCGACCCCACCAGGCCGUGGCCCUUGGGCCCGGCAGUCCCCAGAGGAAGCAUGGAGGUGGGCAUGCGCGUGGUGCGCGGCCUGGACUGGAAGUGGGGGAACCAGGACGAUGGUGACGGCCACGUGGGCACGGUGGUGGAGAUCGGGCGGCAGGGCAGCACGACCACGCCCGACAAGACGGUGGUGGUGCAGUGGGACAGCGGCACACGCACCAACUACCGCACAGGCUACCAAGGCUCCUACGACCUGCUGCUCUACGACAACGCCCAGAUCGGUGUGCGCCACUCCAACAUAAUCUGUGACAGCUGCAAGAAGCAUGGCAUCAUGGGGAUGCGCUGGAAGUGUAAGGUGUGCUUUGACUACGACCUGUGCACGCAGUGUUACAUGAACAACAAGCACGACCUGGGCCACGCCUUUGAACGCUAUGAGACCGCCCACUCCCAACCAGUGUGCUUGGCCCCGAGGCAGAAUCUCCCACGGAUCAUCCUCAAAGGAAUCUUCCAGGGGGUGAAAGUGGUACGCGGACCCGACUGGGACUGGGGCAACCAAGACGGAGGAGAGGGUAAGGUUGGGAAGGUGGUAGACAUCCGUGGCUGGGACACAGAGUCCGGUCGCAGUGUGGCCAGUGUCACCUGGUCCAAUGGUACCACCAACGUCUACCGAAUGGGUCACAAGGGCAAGGUAGACCUCAAAUACGUGUCUGACGUCCAGGGAGGCUUCUACUACAAAGACCACCUACCAAAGCUGGGUGAGCACGCAGAACUGCAGAGGCAGGAGAGUGCAGAAGGCCACACCUUCAACCAGGGGGACAAGGUGAAGUGUCUCCUGGAGGUGGACAUCCUCAGACAGAUGCAGGAGGGCCACGGUGGGUGGAACCCCAAAAUGGCAGAGUACACCUGCAGAAUCGGGACGGUACACAGAAUCACUGACCGGGGAGAUGUCCGAGUCCAGUACAGCAACAACAUCCGCUGGACCUUCCACCCAGGGGCCCUAACCAAGGUGAACACGUUUGUUGUGGGCGAGCUGGUGCGUGUGCUGGAAGACAUGGACAGUGUUAAGAGGCUUCAGGCAGGCCACGGAGAAUGGACAGACAGCAUGGCACCCGCCCUGGGGCAGGUGGGCAAGGUGCUGAAGGUGUACGCUGAUGGGGACCUGCGCGUGGCCUUCAACGGCCAGACGUGGACCUUUAACCCGGCGUGCCUCUCGACCCAACCCGUGGAGGUGGACGCCAACCUCAUGACGGCCGAGAAUCACAACGUAUCCGGAAACACAGUCAUUUCAGUCCUGGAGAAGCUGCUGUCUCAGUCUACAGAGCAGGACAACCCCAGCCGGCUGGUCAUCGAGGCUGCACAUGGCAGUGCCAACAAAGUCAGAGAGCUUGUGCAGAAAUACCCUGACAAGGUGGAUAUAAAGAACCAGGGCAAGACGGCGCUGCAGGUGGCAGCCCACCAGGGCCACAUGGAGGUGGUCCUGGCUCUGCUGCAAGCCAACAGCUCCAUCGAAGUGAAGGACGAGGACGGAGACACUGCCCUGCAUUACACGGCCUUCGGAAACCAGGCAGAGAUUGCACGGCUAUUGCUGAGCAAGGGGGCCAACGUGAACCUGCUCAACAACUCCAUGUGCACGGCGCUGCACAUAGCCGUCAACAAGGGCUUCACUGACGUGGUGCGCGUGCUGUCGGAACACUCAGCCGACAUCAACCUACAGGACUCGUACGGAGACACACCGCUGCACGACGUCAUCGCCAAAGACUUCCGGAACAUCAUCGAGAUCCUGGUGGUGGUGCCCAACAUAGACUUCACCCAGCAGAACAACCGCGGCUUCAACCUGCUGCACCACGCAGCCCUCAAAGGCAACAAGCUGGCCACAGAGAAGAUCUUGGCUCGGGCGCGUCAGCUGGUGGACGUCAAGAAGGAGGACGGCUUCACAGCUCUGCACCUGGCCGCCCUCAACAACCACCGAGACGUGGCUGAGAUCCUUGUGAAAGAGGGCCGCUGUGACGUCAACAUCCGCAACAACCGCAACCAGACGCCGCUGCAGCUGGCGGUGACGCAAGGCCACGGGGACCUGGUGCAGCUGCUAGUGGCCGAGGGCGCGGACGUCAAUGUGGAGGACGAGGAUGGGGACACGGCCAUGCACGUCGCCCUCAGCCGCCCGCAGCUGGCCAACGCCACGCUCACCCCCGCCACCACCAGCACCACGACCACCACGCAGGGGAGAGGAGAGGGGUGCCCGGGCUCGUCAUCGUCCUUGCUCUACUGCCAGCUGAGCAGCUCGGGGCUGAUGGGUAAUACAGAGCUGAGCGUGGGCGCAGCCAUCGCCUGUUUCCUGGCACAGGAGGGCGCCGACAUCAACUACGCCAACCACAAGGGCAAGAGCCCGCUGGACCUGGUGGCUGACACAGCCGUGCUGCAGCUCAUCAAGAGCUUCUCCGAGAAGCAGCGGUUGCAGCGGCUGCAGGCAAUCACAUGCGGCACGUCACUGAGCAGCACCAGCCUGCGGCGGGUCCACACCACCCCCAAUACCAUGACCAACCUGGCCAUGCCCGCCCUGCCGGGGCCCAGCGAGUGUCUCAUCUGCUCCGAGCUGGCCCUGCUCGUCCUCUUCUGCCCCUGCCAGCACAGCGUCGCCUGCGAAGAGUGUGCUCAUCGAAUGAAGAAAUGCAUCAAAUGCCAGGUUACAAUCACCAAGAAAAUAAGACAAGACCAGACAGAGGUGGACUGCAGCCCGGGCUCGGAGAACUCGGAGCAGCACAACCUGCUGGAGCAGCUGCAGUCACGCUACCGCCAGAUGGAGGAGCGCAUCACCUGCCCCAUCUGCAUCGACAACCACAUCAAGCUGGUCUUUCAGUGUGGCCACGCCUCCUGCAUCGACUGCAGCGCCGCCCUCAAGACCUGCCCCAUCUGCAGGCAGACCAUCCGCGAGCGCAUCCAGCUCUUCGUUUGAGGGCGGCGCUGCAGUCUGUUUUCUGCUGGUGUCCGUUAGUCAGUCAGUCUGCUCCUCAGUCCUUUGCGAUUAGCCACUUGCUCGUCCAUCCUGACUCAGCCGCUGCGCUUUGUUGUGUUCUGUUUCGUGAAGUUGCACCAGGGGUGUAAUCAUUACGCCGAUUCUGUUGCAAAACGUUCUGGCUGUUGCAAAACGUUUUGCCAUAGAAACCGUUUACUCCAAACAGAAAACACAAACGAGAGUUUCUAUUGGGCAAAUUCAGGUAGUUCCCUCCGUGUUUCGUUCCGUUUGCUCUGUUUGCUUCCAUAUGUAUCUUAAACGGUAAGUGGUUUCCUUAAUGAAUACAUCCCAGGGUUUCCAGCAGUAUCACAUAGCUGGAUAUGGUCAUACUGACUAGAUUUUUUUAUUUUGUUUUUUGGUUGCCCAUUUCUGCAUGGAAAAAAUCCAGCCGCUGCCCCUGAAAGGCUCUGCAAUGCUUUCUCCGUGGCCCCCAGUAACCAGCAGCCACGGCCGGUUACAUCAGGAGGAGUAGGUGGUGCCGCAAGCUCCACUCCUAUUGGUGAACAAGGAGGACGUCCCUAUGAACCAAGGAGGAAGUCCAUCUGAAAAGUCCCUCACCUGUGCUGCUCUAAGAGGAUGUCUGUUACUCCCCAUUUGAUUGCACCCCACCCUGUUCCCCCGUUUGCCUGUCUUGCCUCCCCUGUUUACAAGGCUGCAGAGAACUGUCCAUCUCCCUGUCUUGAAUCCUGUGUAUUAUGUUUGCUCUCCUUCGUAUGAAGCUAUUUGUAAUCAGUGUUAGUCUCCAAAGGGUGAUGGUAUAACUAAAGGCUCCUCUGUAUAGACCCUCCCGCUUGCCGUACAUACGUAAGAGGAAAAUACACACUAUAUGCAUGAGUAUAUGCAUAUUCUAAGCUGAAGACUUUGUUGUGGGUUUGGUUACAUGUGUGGUUUUAAGAUUACCAGUAAUUAGUACUGAGUUAUUUAUGUCUAAAGGUGUUUCUAUUUAGCUAAAGUCAUAUUAUUUUUGGUGUUUGCUGAAAUUUCACCCAAGCCUAUGUCCUUCUCUACUCAGGGUCCUGAUUCAUUGAAACGCUUCUAGUAUCAAAAAGGUUACGGAAUGUUUUUGUUUUGUUUUUGUCAACCGUUUUUACAUUAGAGCCUUCUGACAAUUUGGUGUGUGCAUUCAUUAAGGAACUUGUAGUUAAUAUCUGGUAACACAACAGCUAGGACUGUUUUAUAGCAGAAUAGACGUGUGGAUGAGUUCACUUCAGCCCAACAUACCUUUCUUGCUUUAGGUAUGAAAUGAAUGUUUAAAUACACCAUUGUAGAGAGUGGUUUGCGUGUUGCUUUAAAAGAAAGGAAAUACUUAUUUGUCAGACGACGCAGUGCAAGUCAUUUUCCUUAUACCAUCACCCAGAUACCUAUUGUUCUUUUUAGAUUUGUAUAAAGAGCAUGAACGAAGCCCGUGUCUUUUGUUGGCUGAACCUGACUCUGUCAGUCUCCUCAGCGUGUAGCGUAGCGUUGUACUACACAGCGAGUGCGUUAGCUACCCAUCUGCUUGCUAGCAUCAUCACACUCAGCCUCAGACAGGGCUCAGUCCAUUGGGUGGUGCAGAGAGGUUUGUCAUUGAGUUUAGGUCAACUUUGGACUCUUGCGGACAGAAUUACUUUGGAUUUCUGGAAGCCUUGGUGUCCUUUGGAUAGAGGAAGAUCACUGAUACUGUACACGACGAUGAAUCCUCCAAUACAGAACAGAAAGGAUUAUUGGUCAAGUGACGUGUGUAAACUUACACCAAAGCUGAGCCAGAAAAAUGGUGUAUAUGCUUUUUCUUUCUUAUUUUGUCACAAUGUGGACUUUUGACAGCCUUUGGACUCUUGUGAUGUAUCUUUUUUUCUCAAACAGAUGUAUUGUAAACAUUGAAUUAGAAAUGGCAAAAAAAUAUAUGAAGUGUGCAUCUGUAGUUACCUGUCUCGCAUCAUAUUCAGCCUACAUAGAAGAAACCCUCCCCGGUCUGUGUUUGGCAAUGCAUUUUGGAUUGUACAUCAUCCUUUGUAUUUUUUGGUUUGUUUUCCAAAGGGCUUAUGUGUUUAAAAAAAAAGAUGAAUAUUUGAAUCUUCUAUUUCAUUUUUCUAUUUUAAACUUCCAGUGGUUUUGUAGAUCCCAGCUUUGAGUAAGCCAAUUAAGUUGUACAUUUGAAUGUCAGAAAAAUGUAACCUGUCUUACUCUGCCUUUUGUGGAAAGGUUGUAAAGACGUGAGAGAGAGCACAAGCGGGGGAAAGUAAGGUUUAUUAAAGGUUUACUCUAAGAAGUACUACUACACCAGUGUCAAAUCUUUAAAAGGAUGUGCACAGGACUGCACAGCCUAGUUCAUCUAGAUAUAAUGCUGUAGCCAUUAUCAAUGUUCAAGUCGUUUGAAAUAAUUGAAUAGCACUAUUGUGGCUCCCUAUGUUGAUUUUGUCUCACAAAACUAUCAUGGCGAUUUACUAUUUGGGCAAAAGAACAAGAGCAUAAUGUGAUCUGAGGAGUUUGCUAUGGAGUUUGGACAACAGGUUUGGACAAAAGUAGUGCACUACAUGGGGAAUAGGGUGUCAUUUGAGACGGCGCCCAGUCCCUCUUUCCCAGCUUCUGAAGGACAACUGAUAUCACAAAGAAUUCAGUUUCAAAGUUUAAUUAAUCCAAAUAUUUUUUUAGUUUAUAAUUUUAAUGAUGCAUAAUGAAUCGAGAGAUCCUUUAUGAUCGAAGCAAUUAAAUCAUCAAAGAUUGUCAUCUGGUGUCCUACAUUGGGUCAUGUGAGUAGUCUCUGUGCACAGGUAAAGGCAAUAAUUAUUUAGAAGAGCCAGGAGGUUUGGAAAUGUACUACUAGAGGUUUGCUGUGAGAAGUACAUAUACCAUUUAAGCAAGACAUUUUACUAUUGGUGUGUACAGUACAGCACUUGGAGUUCUGAUGUUGGCCUUACUGUCCAUUCCUCCAAUGUUUGUUUUUGUUCAGUUGUAUUCUGUACGAAAAUAUUUUGCAAUAAAUAUGGAACUGUUUUAUAAGGA